UGUGUGCGGGCUUGUUAGCUUUAUCAAUUGGGGUACGGGGUACUUAGCUAAGUUACUUGCUUAGUUAGUGGCUUUCUGCGGCCUCCGAGAGACGCGUUCGCCAGCCCCAAUGGAUAAAGAUACAGGGGAUAAGGAAUCCCCCCCCGCCCCUGAGACUGCCUCCUCGAAUGUCGCGGAGUGGAGCGACAAGCUGGCGGAUCUGGUCGUCUGGUUCGAGGCCAAUCCCGAACUGCCCGAGAAGAUCGAACCCAUAGUUAUGCUACGAUUUCUCAAGUGCACGGGUUUUGAUGUGGAGAGCACCAAGUCACUGGUGGAGCUCAAUUACAGUAUGCGCAAUAAGAACCCACAUCUGUUUAUGGAUCGCAACAUAGAGGACGAGAUGACUGCCAAGGGUCUGAGGGUUUCGGACCUUUUGGUAUUACCCGGAGUUACUCCCCAGGGAAAUAAGCUGAUCUUCUUCCGCAUGGCCGAUCUGGAUCCACGAACGCGCAAUUCUGUUGAGGAGACCAAAAUCUUCGUCAUGAUGAGUGAUGCGCGAUUCAGGAAGCCGGAUGUGGAGCGAGGAACUGGAAGCGGAGCAGAUUACGUACUUGACGAAGCGGACAUUGCCGUGGGCGAUGUUCAGAUUGUGGACAUAGGCGGCUACACCCUACGUCACCUGGCCCACGUCUCCAUUUUCGUGCUGCGUGUCUACAUGAAGUUCCUGCAGGAGGCCUAUCCCUCGCGCCUCCAGGCCAUGCAUGUUAUAAACUGCCCCACCUACCUGGACAAGCUCAUCUCCAUGAUGUCGCCCUUCAUACGGGAGGAAGUCCGCAAUAUGAUCAAGUACCACACAGAGGGUCUGGAUAGCCUCUACAAGGAAGUGCCGCGGGACAUGUUGCCGGAUGAGUAUGGCGGCAAGGCGGGCUCUGUAGCGGAACUCAAGGCCAGGGGCAUCCAGUCCAUCAGGGACAACGCGGCUUACCUGAGCGACGAGCGGUACUGGAAGGUGGCCGCUCAGAGCAAGAGUCGAUGGUCCUGGUUCUGAUAUGCCGAUCAUGCAACGUGAUUUAUAUGUAUAUUGAAAUGUGAUCAAGCAGCGCGUCUUGCCAAAGCGAUGAUAUCGAUUAGUUGGGAAAGUCCCAGUAACACGUGCAGGUUCUAGAGCUCAGCGAAGCUGACCCUCCAUUACGAAUUCUUAUUUUCAUAUUUUAUUAUUUUCUUACCCACUUCUCUAUUAUCACAUAAGGGGCUAUUGUCGAUUGAUUGACAACAAUGGCAAGAAUGUACAAAGACAAAGCAAUAAAUUAUUUUAAUUAGA